AUGGACUCUUUGCAGUCUUCAUUCGCUCCAGAUUCGAGCUCACCACGGCUGUCAGCAUCAUGGAUUCGCGAGAGUACAGCUCUAGUGAAAGAUAGUGCUGGCCCAUCAUCUUCAGACAUAGCCAUAUCCCAGCUGGCAGUCAUGGGGCUAUGGAUGGGUCGCAAAUGUCGAGAAAUCACAAACAAUACCGAUGCUAUAUUCCGACUGGAUGCACAAAUGGACACUGGCGGCUUUAUGGGGCAAGGUUACUCAGCAUCCAUUAUUGACGCGAGCAAUACUAUGAUGAUCAACAAUGUCCCCAGAAGCGGAUCCUUUAUCGUACGAAAACACGUGCGAUCAUGGGGCCUUGAGGGACGCGCUCGCGCGAUGGACUUUCUGCGUGAAGUUCACGUAUUGACGCACGAGCCGAUUCGCAAGCACCCGAAUAUUGUAUCGCUCAUUUCUUUUGAGUGGAUGUUUUGGCCUGGAGAGGAGCCGAGUCUUUCGCCUCAACUGUGCCUUGAGCGAUCGGAGCUAGGUGAUUUGGCUAGCUUUCAACGUGCGCAUAGUUUGCCUUAUCAAUGGAAAAGAAAGAUAUUCCUUGACAUUGCUCAUGGUCUUGCUGCAUUACACGACUCGGGCGUCGUCCAUGGAGACAUCAAAUCCGAGAACGUGUUGAUUUUUGAGCACGAGGGUGUAUACCAAGCGAAGCUCUGCGACUUCGGUUUUGCGGUCUUCUUGGCCGACAUCAAAAAGGAAAAGGCAUGUUUGAUGGGGGGAACAAGUCCGUGGACAGCACCUGAAUUCAGAAGAGAGCUUCCCUACCCACAAUAUUUCCUGAAAUUGACCGAUGUAUACUCGCUAGGACUACUCAUAUGGAGAGUUCUUAUGGACGGCGAGAAUCCAUUCGAGCAUGCCUUGCUAAAAGACAUUGGUAAUUUCGAGGAGGCAAAAGUCGGCAAGGUGCCACUUUUUCACUAUGCACAAUUUUCUAUCCUUUUGCGUCCCGGGUACGCACCUUUUGUCGCGGAGAUAUGGUCUCUUCUAGCGUGCACAAUCCAGAGAGAACCUUCAAAGCGGAGGCUUCGCACUGCAAUUCAGAUAAUGAGCGGCAAGGGACGUCAGCCUUCGCAAAUAUUAGGACAGCUGUCCAGCGAUCCCCUCAGAUUUGCCAUGGACAACUUUAACAUAAGGAACAUAUGUGUCCCUAUCCGCUUGCGCAUGAUGAAGCAUCUGAAGAAGAGUGCCAUGGAGCUGAGUGGUCGAUCUGAGCAUAGCCUGAGACUUCCCAGUUCUGACCAAUAUCCCCUUGUUCUCGGAGUAAUUGAUAUCGCUAUAGGUGACGGUGGCCUUGGGCUGGACGAUGACCCUAAUGAAUCGCUGAAAUGGAUCACCAUUCUCGCCGAGAACCAAUAUAUGCCAAUGCAAGCAAUAAUAAUUCGGAUGUACGACUUUUUCGACAAGCCUUUGCCAUUGGAAGUAAAACAGAAGGCAAACGAGUAUCUCGCCCACGGUGUUGUCAAUGGAUCUGUCACGGCAGCUUUGGACUACGCAAAAUAUUGGCCAAAUCUGGAAUUCCAAACUCGGAGCGAGCCAGAGAGUCUCUUCCUCGCCAACAGGUCUUUCUACGGAAACGGCACUGGCCUUCAUCUCAGCGAGAAAGCUUUUGACAUCGGAGAUAUUCCUAGCCUGUAUCAAAACAUCAGAUCCUUAGGAGAGGAAUCUCCUAUAUUGCGGCAUUUGUAUGGCUUGAACAGUGGUAACACUCUCCUUCAUGCCUGUGCAAUGCUCGGGCUACCAGAGGCGGCAGAUAUCCUCAUCUCGGAGUUUCGUGUUGAUACGAACGCACGUAACGACAACGGAGAUACGCCCCUGCUUGCUGCCUGUCGGAAUGGUAAAUUUCCAAUGGCCUUCAAAUUGGUGGCAAAGGGCGCACGCGCUGAUAUAGCCAACAUGAACGACGAGACACCUCUUCAUUGGGUCCUUAAUAUACCAGACGAAGCUUUCAGCUUCAACGGUCAAACUAUGAAUAAACUCAGCAUAAUGAUUGACAGCUUGCUCUACGCCGGAGGUGACCUCGAGGCUCGGGCUGGAGGUUGGGUCUCACGAGCUGACAGCUUCUCCACGCUGUUUUGGGCAGGCGGAACCCCUCUCCAUCGCACUGUUUCAAGAAGGAAUAUCUCUGCAUCGAAAGCUUUAAUCUUGAAAGGUGCAGAUCCGACAAGUCUCGAUAAAGAUGGCCGAACAUCCCCUCUCGACAUCGCCAUGCUGCAUCACAAUGCGCCCAUGCUCCGGCUGCUAUUGAGUAAUUGCAGCUUCAAUCUGAACACACAUUACGGUAGUGGACACACAAUCUAUAGCAAAGCGUUGUCCGCUAGUUCAGUCCUUGAGAUGAUCAUAAUUCACGGUAAAGAGUAUCCAAAUGCAGUGAAUGAUACAUUGGAUCUCUUGAUUUCCCGCGGAUUCGACAUCACUUGUGCAAAGACAGAUACAAGUGGCGGUUAUACCUACGAGCUUGAUGCCUUAUUCGUUGCGGUAUUCUAUGAAAGACUUGUCUGGGUGCAGUACUUCCUGUCGUCCAAGCAGUGCAUGGAAGUCCUCGACAUCAACAGGCGACAGGGAGAACACAGCAUGACAGCCCUCCAUCAGUCAAUCCACGAUCACCGAAAGUCCAUAUUCAUCUCCCUACUGGAAGCAGGAGCUGAUCCGAGGCUGAAAUGCUCCACAUGGUCUAUCAAGAAAACAAAAAUAGACAUGCAAACAACCAGCUUGCACCUCGCAGCUCAACAGGGUGACCCUGAUCUCUUCUUCACGAACCGCCUGCUGGAAUAUGACCUCGAUAUCGACGCCGUUGACUUCUACGGGAUUACACCGUUCGCGUGUGCUGUCACAGAAGGUAACCUGCAUAUUGCGAAUGCUUUGCUAAAACGCGGUGCGGACAUAAACAAGAAGACAGGUGUACAGGGAGGCAAGCUCAAGCAUAAACAGACUGUCCUUGCGAGGAUACUCACGAGAGACUGUGCCCUUAUCGCAAAUCGGCUGAAGUAUCUAGUCUCUGGUCCUGAUGACACUGAAAUCGCACUCGCGCGCCAUGGCCCUCCCGCAGAAUUCAUGGUGGAAGAAUCAAGAAGUGCGCUCCAUGAAUUCUUGAGCGUCCACCAAGGCAGAGAAGAUGCACCGUUUCGGACAUGUCUCGAAAUUCUUCUGAAAGCGUUCCCACUGCUCUCUCAAUUAGAUUACCGCGAUGAGAAUCACAGGACGCCAUUAGAUAUUGCUGUUUCCCAUGCCAAUUCAACUGCUGUGUCGGCACUAUUGACUGCAGGAGCUACAGGGGACGUAUUGGGUGGAAAAGGUGGAAGUUUGACAGAUCGUGUUAAAAUCUGA